AUGUAUUAAUAUGUGGAAGGUGCCAAAUUUAUCCAUCAUCUCUAGAAUCUUGAUUGGAAAAUAGGCUAUGAUUAAAUAAUUAUAGGAGAAUAAUUGGCAUAAGAAUUAUUGACUUCAAAUAAAAUUAAAAGUGUCAGUAUAAAUGGGAAUGAAAUUGUUAAAGGCCUUAUGUUUCCAGUUGUUUAUCAGGAAGAUUAAUUGAAUGAUUCAAUCGUUUAAUUGCUCAUUUUAAAUGGAUAAAUUAGCAUUUAAGGACCUUCAUUAAAUUUUUAAGUCAUAGAUUAUUAAUUUCAAUUCAUUUAAAAUGAAGCCUUUCUAAAUCGAUAUAAUUUAUCUUCUGGAACAAUAAGCUUUGAUGAUCGAUAAAGAAUUAUGCUAAAUUCUGAAAAAUUAGUCACUGGAAUGUGGAAUUGUACUUCUAUAUUUAAUUUACCUUAAAAUUAACAGUUUAUUAACUGUCUUCUUAAAUUUAUAAAUUAAAUCACACAAAAAGACAAUAAGAGAAUCAAAUUUACUAAAUAAGAUUCAUUUAUUCUAGUUAUUUUUGAUGUUUCAGCAACUUGUAUAUUGGUGUCUUUAGGAGAUCCAAUUCAUAAAUUAAUCUAUAAGCCUAAAGUUUACAAAUUAUGGGAGAAUUUCUUAAAUAAGAAUUCUUUUUCAUCUGACCUUUAAUUUUCUAUAAAUGAAUUUGACCAUCUAGAAAGCUAAAUAUCAGUUCUACAAAAAGAGUAUUCUAGCAUGUUAAAAUUUUUAUCAGAGCCCUCCACUCAAUUAAUUGACAGCGUUCCUAAUAAAACAAGUCUUUUAAUUUUAUCGAAAUCAAAUUAUUAAACAAAUAAUCAUAAUUCAAUGGCAAGUCAUUAAUUUUAAGGCUUACUUUAAGUGAGCAGCUAGAAAUUGUUUACAGGAAGAUCACACUUAGAUACAAAACGUGGAUAUCAUUUAUCAGUUGGAUAACUUUCAGAAAAUUCUUUUCUUUAGGAUGCUCCUUUAAUCAAUUAAAUUAAUUAAUGA